CGUGGAGAAAAAGAAAGGCUUAAAUGUCGUAAAUAUUUAAAACCAAAGGGGUUUAAAGAAAUAAACCAAUCGGACAAUGAAAAGAGCGAGCAAUUAAGACCAGAGGCGUUUGUAAGAAAGGACCGAAGCAAUAAGAAAACAUCAAAGCAACUUCAAUUUAAUUGUUUUCAUCAUUUCAAAACCAACAAAAACAAAAUCAAAUUCUCUUUAAUGGCUUCUCAAGAAGGAAACUGUCGGCGAUCUCUGAUCCCAAGCUUCAUCUACUCUUCUUCUUUUUCUUCUUCUUCUUCUUCUUCGUCGUCUUCUUCGAAGCUGUUUGGUUUGGAUGCUCUGGCGCCGACGAAAACGACGUCGGAUAGGGUGGUGAUUCCGGCGCCGAGUGAGAAGAUCGAGAUGUACUCGCCGGUGUUCUACGCCGCGUGUUUUACCGGAGGUGGUCUGAGCACUGGGCUCACGCACAUGGCCGUCACGCCUCUUGAUCUCGUCAAGUGUAACAUGCAGAUUGACCCGGCUAAGUACAAGAGCGUGAGCUCUGGAUUUGGGGUCUUGCUUAAAGAGCAGGGGAUUAAGGGCUUCUUUAGAGGCUGGGUACCCACAUUGCUUGGCUACAGCGCUCAAGGAGCCUGCAAGUUUGGCUUCUAUGAGUUCUUCAAGAAGUACUAUUCCGACAUUGCGGGGCCCGAGUACGCGGCUAAGUACAAGACGUUGAUCUAUCUUGCGGGUUCAGCGUCGGCUGAGUCCAUUGCUGUUGUUGCCCUCUGCCCCAUGGAGGCUGUGAAAGUCCGUGUCCAAACUCAGCCUGGCUUUGCCAGAGGCUUGUCUGAUGGGCUGCCAAAGUUUGUCAAGUCUGAAGGCGCUCUCGGGUUGUACAAAGGGCUUGUUCCUCUUUGGGGUCGUCAGAUUCCUUAUACAAUGAUGAAAUUUGCGUCCUUUGAGACUAUAGUUGAACUGAUGUACAAGUAUGUAAUACCAACACCUAAAGACCAGUGCAGCAAAAGCUUCCAGCUCGGUGUGAGCUUUGCCAUGGGCUAUGUGGCUGGGGUAUUUUGCGCUGUUGUCUCGCACCCUGCUGACAACUUGGUGUCAUUUCUCAACAAUGCCAAAGGAACAACCGUUGGUGAUGCCGUGAAGCAGCUAGGAUCGUGGGGUCUGUUCACCCGUGGUCUUCCUCUUCGUAUAGUAAUGGUUGGAACACUUACUGGAGUUCAAUGGGGUCUCUACGAUUCCUUUAAGGUUUUUGUUGGGCUGCCAACUACUGGUGGUGCUGCUCCUGAUCCCGCUGCAAUUGCGCCUGCGAAGCACUGAGCUUAAAAUCAAACGGUUGUCUAAUUCGAAUAUUUUUGGCUGUUGAUAUGAACACGACCCAUUAACACGAAUUGCCAGGAGAUGAACUACUUCGGAUAACUUAAUGUUCAGCAGUCUUGUUAAUGCAUCGAUAACUUCCGAUCCCACAAAGUUAUCAUAUCAUCUAUCGCAUG